GACGACAUGUCACGGAUAAGUCUAAAGGCUUACACUUGGAAAGAGGCAACGAGCCAUUGGAAAGAGGCAACUUUAACUUCGCUUCCAGUUCCAACACCUCUUACUUAUUUUCCGUUCUCCCUUCUAUCUCUCUCUUCCGGCGAACCCUCCAAAGUCUCGAAACUACCACUUAUGGCAGCUCCAGUGGCUGAAGAAGACAGCUUAGCAGUAGAACUUUCCGAUCCCCCUCUUGCAAAAAACUACUUGGGAAGCCCCAAUUCUGCAGAAGACUACAGUAUUUUCGCUCAUUUGACGAAAACCUCUAAUACUCGGCAUAAUGAUCCAGAUGCUCCUUCAUCGUCUAAACGGAUAAAGUCGAAGUCGAUUAGAUUUGAGGUCUCUCCAACUGAAGUACAGACGGAACAUCCGCCUCCGAAGAUGAACAUCCCAGUAAGCAAGACUUCAAGCCCAUCUCUGAGUUUGAAGAAAGUAAAGUCUUCUACCAAAAGCUCCAAAUCUCCAACUCCAACUUCACCUGCAAUGAUUCUUGCAACUGAGUUUCAAUCAAGCCUUGGAACAGAGUUUCCUAGCUGUGUAAAGCUGAUGGGUAGAUCACAAGUCACCCAAGGUUUCUGGAUGGGCCUUCCAACACCAUUUUGUAGGUCAUUUAUGCCAAAAGAAGAAACUACAUUUGUACUUGAAGAUGAAAGUGGGAAGAAAUGGGAAGUCAAAUAUAUCGCAUACAAAAAUGGGAUUAGUGCAGGGUGGAAAAGUUUUGUGGUUGAACAUCACUUGAUUGAAGGAGAUGUUUUGGUGUUUCAUUUAAUUGAUGCUUUCAAGUUUAAGGUUUACAUAAUAAAAGCAAGUGAAUCGAAUGAAGUUGAUGGUGCUCUUAGCCUUUUGAAUUUGGAGGCCCAAAAUGAUGAAAACCCUCCAGUUACUCCAUCACCUAAACCAAAGAAACGUAAGCACCCGAAGAAGCUUUCUUUAACCAUGGUAAAAGAGAAGCAUAAAAAGUCAACCCCUUUAUUAGUCAAAGCUAUUGAAAUUUUAGAACAUUCCGGAACCAACAAUGAAGAUAUUAGGCCAGAAGUUCUAGAACCUUCCACCACACCCUUCCAAGACCUCGAACACUUUCGCAUCAAAGUCAACGGUCAAUGCAUUGACUCUGAGCUUUCGGAAGAAGUCAAACUAGCAGGCAUGAUUGGUGAAACUGUAAAUAUUGCAAAAGAGAUCAAGAACUGCAAGCUCACGAUAAGUAAGGAGGAGCUCGAAGCGUGGGAUAAUACCUUGAAGUCUUUUGAGAUUUUGGGGAUGAAAGUUGGGUUUUUGAGGGAUAAAAUACGUACGCUUGUGGGACUUGUUUUUGAGUCGGAAUUUGGGGUGGAUUUGAAAAGAUAUGUGGAGGCGAAAAAGAAUGAGAAAUUAAUUGAAGAUGAGAUUGUUAAAGUUAAAGCGAAACUUUUGGAGUUAAAGAUAAAGGCCAAAGGGCUUUUGGGGUGUUUGAAAGAGAAGGCCGAGAAAUAUAUGAUUGAGUUUCAGGAUGAGGUUGAUGUGCCGUGGUAG